AUGCCUGAAAAUGCGCACGAUGUGUACGCGCAACAACUCUUCAAGCUCGCGCUGGGAUAUCCUCUAUGGGAGCCCGAGCCGAAGAACGCGCGCGGGCAAGGCGAGGUACUAAUCGGCGAUGUCGGAUAUCUUGGUCAAGGAGGCUUCUACCGCUUCUUUAAUGCGAUGAGGGAGGCUGAGGACAGUAUACAUAUUGCCGUCCCUCCGAAUUUCAAGAAAUUCCAACUCGGCAUGAUACCAAUCAUCACAGCAAACAAUGUCAUCAAUGAAGGUCCCUUGUUCAGUCAAACUGUCCGUCGUCUCGAGGUAGGAGGCGGAGCUGGAUCCCACGGCGUCAACGUCGCCUUUCAAUGCGAAUGUACCGACCAACAAGGCGCGUUGGCCAUCCUCGAUACCCCCGGAAAGCGUGAACUCGUGCAGCAGACUCGCCGGAUGGCCAAAUAUAUGAAGGAGAACAUAGAUACUUGGCACCGCUGGGCGAACUCAGAUGAGGUAGGUUACAGCGUCGCUAUCGAAGACAUACUCUUCGUCCGAGGGUGGGUCAAAACGAGUCGUUGGGCCGUCGCAGCCUUCUUCGGUAACACUGGUAGGCAUGCGAAGCUUACCUUCAACGGCGACUUGGGACUGCCUGUCUCUGCCGCAUUUCGAAUUGAGACGCAGAGAGAGACAGCUGCGACAUGUCUCCCUCGAAUAGGGCCAGACAACCGUCCCCGACUGAAUCCGAACAGACCUCUGGGGCCUGCUCAACCGGAAGAGCCUCCAAGUCUUACCCAGGCUCAGAAUCAGCGAAGCAAAAAGAAGAAAGGGAAGGGUCGUGCAGAUGACAUGGACCAACGACGUUCCAGAGAAAUGGACGCUGGCCCUUCCUCCGGACCGUGGGGAAACCAGGCUCAGGAGCAGUACCCCUCGGACCAGUGUAUGUUCCUGCACUACUUCAAACUGAAGAAGCGCCCACCACUGCCCUCAUUGAAGACCGCAACUGGCGUCAAACCUCAGGACGAUGAGUCGGAGGAUAUAGAGAUCGAGUCAGGUGGAGAUCUCCGUCAAUGGCCCUAUGACCCUGUCAUCUUCAUUUUGAAUUACAUAUUCGAGCAUUCGGAGGCAGCGGUAGCAGUCGCAAGUGAUAUAGACCUAAUUCGUGUGUGCAAAAAUCGAUGUCAAUACCCAAUCCCUGAUGAUAUUCCGCGCUUCCUUGAGGAUUCCUCGCCCGAAAUUGAGGUCACCGAGGACGGUCUUGGCAUGUUGCGCUUCGACGAUGUUCAAGUUAUGGACCUGAGGCUCCCAGAGAACGCAAACAUUCACGUUGAGGGUCCCCAUAAUGAUGCACAAGCGCCAGGAUCACCACAUGCAGUCCAUCUGCCCAAUCACUCGGGCACAUGCAUUCUACUUCCUCCGCUUGCUUGCGCCGAGCGCUGUGGCGGGAUUUCUGCGCUCGCAUACUCGCCCGUGGGUAGGGAGAUCGCCGCUGGGUGCGAGAAUAACACCAUCGUCGUCUGGACUGCGAUGAAUCGCUCUGUGCGCUUCCAAUUCGAAGAACAUAGCGGCAACGUCUCCGCUCUUGUCUUCUCUCCAGACGGGAGCAAGCUGGUCUCAGGCGGACGCGAUGGACGCGUCAUUAUCUGGGACCUCAUCGACGGAGGGUCGAUCCGGUCGCUCAACGCCCAUCAGGGUACCGUCGAGCGCGUUGCAUACUCGGCGGACGGAAAGCUGAUUGCUUCCGGUGCCGACUCUGUCGUGAAGCUCUGGGAGGCAGAGACCGGAAACCUGCGCGGGACGACGGAGGAACAUGGCGGGAUUAUCAUGUACGUCGUGUUCGCCCCCGACAACGAGCGAUUCGUGUCUACGAGCUCCGAUGGUUCCGCACGCGUAUGGAGCACCCAUACCGCGGCGCAUGUCUGUGACUUGAAAGGGCAUGAGGGAGUCAUCUACACCAUAGCGUACUCUCCCGACAGGAAAAGGCUCGUCACACGCGCAGACGACGGAACCACUAGAAUCUGGAGCGCGUUAAUUGGAGACGAGUUCGCGAGGCUGCGUGAAGGCGAAGAUGGCUCGGUGUGCGCGGCGGCGUUCUCUGCAGAUGGCAAAGAGCUUCACUCCGUCGGCAGUGAGCGGGUGAUCAAGACGUACGACUCCUUCACGGCCGAGCUGCUCAACACAAUCGACGGCGGCAACAAGGUCGUCACGUCCCCCGCGUUCUCUGCGGACGGUCGUCUGUUCGCCGCGGGUGGUGAGGACCACACCAUCACGGUGUGGGACAUGUCGACGAAGCAGGAGGUCGCUCACUGGCAGUUGCCCGGGCUCACCGACAACGUGAACCACCUCUCCUUCUCCCACGACAACAGGCAUAUCGCGUCUGCAUCAGAUGAUGGUAUGGUGCGCGAAUGGGAGCUGCCAGCCUUGAGCGAAACCGACCAGCCCAUGUGCGCACUAGACAUCUAG